AUGCUCUGGUGUGAGAUGUGUGCCGAAACCUUCGAGUGCGAAGAUGACUGGGGAGAACACAUGGAUGAAUGUGGUCAUUGGCCUCAAUGCGAGACGUGCAGCCUGCUAUUUGAGACUCAGCUGGACUGUCAUGAACAUAUGAAUGAGGCUGACCAUUGGGCUCAGCGUUUCGAAUGCGAAACCUGUCCCAGGGCAUUCCUCUCCAUGGAAGCCGCAGACCACCACAUGAACGUCUCCGGCCACUGGCAUCCAAGAAUUGGCUGUGAGACAUGCCAGAUCAAAUUUUUCACCCAGUCGUCGGCCAACCGGCAUAUGGAUAUUGCCGGUCACUGGGCACCACGCUUCGGAUGUGACAGCUGCAACAAGAUGUUCCGCUCCCAGGAGGUAGCCAACCAACACAUGACUGCUGCUGGUCAUCGGGCAGCGAGAGUUGGUGGCGUGCACUUUGAGAUCCCUGCACAAAGCCGUAAGCUGGCUGUUGUGGAUCAAAACAAGCUGCAAAGUCCCCCAAAGACCGUCAAGACCCCCAAGUCGAUCCAAACCACCAAGACCACCUGCCCGAAGUGUGGUAGGCAAUUCCAGGAUGAGAAUAGCCUGAAAAUGGUAAGAGUCAAUACUGUUGUAAAUGUUUUAAAAGAAAUUAACGUGUUGACAAUUCUGGGCUCCAGCACCUCAACUCCAAGGUUCACCAAGGAUCGACUGUCCCCUGUCCUUUCUGUAAGACCCCAUAUACAAUCGCCAGUGGCCUCUGCCAUCACCUUGAAACUGCCUCUUGCCCUCGUGCCCCAAAGCUAA